CGGGAUUAGCCACGGCUCUCCUCCCCCCCUGUUCUGCGCCCGAACCACCACCGCCCCCCUCCGCCGCAAUCCCCAUACCAACCCGCGCCCAGAUGGCCGAGACGGCGGCGGCGGCGGCGGCGACGGCCGAGGGGAUCGACCCGCGCAGCGGCUACUGCGCGGCGACGCGCACCUUCCACAGCCUCCGCUCCGCCUCGGCGGGCGCGCUGCCGCCGGAGUCGCUCCCGGUCACGGCCGCGGCCUACGCCUUCUCGCUGCUCGCCUCCCCGCUCCCCGACCGCCCCGCGCUCGUCGACGCCGCCACCGGCAUUGCCGUCUCCUACCCGUCCUUCCUCGCCGCCGUCCGCUCCCUCGCGGGCGGCCUCUGGUCCUCCCUCGGCCUCCGCCCCGGGGACGUCGCCCUCGUCGUCGCGCCCUCGCGCCUCGACGUCCCCGUGCUCCACUUCGCGCUCAUGUCCAUCGGCGCCGUCGUGUCCCCCGCCAACCCGGCAUCCACCCCCGAGGAGUACGCCCACCAGGUCGCCCUCUCCCGCCCCGUCGUCGCCUUCGCCGCCCCCGAGGUCGCCGCCAAGCUGCCGGCCCACGUCAGGUGCGUCGUCCUCGGGUCCGAUGCGUACAGGAGCCUGGCGUCUGCCGGCGCGGGGUCCGCUCCUCCGCCGGUGGCGGUGAAGCAGUCGGACACUGCGGCCGUGCUCUACUCCUCCGGCACGACGGGGCGUGUGAAGGCCGUCGCCAUCACGCACCGCAACCUCAUCGCGCUGAUCUGCGGGCACGCCGAGAACCGGGAGAGGGUGGCGGCGGAGGCCACCGAGGCGGGCGAGGAGCCGCCGCCGCCGGCCGUCACGCUGCUGCCGCUCCCCCUGUUCCACGUCUUCGGGUUCAUGAUGGUCCUUCGCUCCGUGUCCAUGGGGGAGACGGCCGUGCUCAUGGAGCGGUUCGACUUCGGCGCCGCGCUGCGCGCCAUAGAGCGGUACCGCGCCACGCUGCUGCCCGCGGCGCCGCCCGUCCUGGUGGCCAUGAUCAAGUCGGAGGAGGCGCGCCGCCGCGACCUCUCCUCGCUCCUCGUCAUCGGCGUCGGCGGCGCGCCCCUCGGCCGCGAGGUCGCCGAGCGCUUCGUCGCCGUAUUCCCCAACGUCCAGAUUGUUCAGGGCUACGGAUUGACGGAAUCAUCUGGCUCUGUGGCCUCGACGGUAGGGCCGGAGGAGUCCAAGGCGUACGGCUCCGUCGGCAAGCUGGCGUCGCACUUGCAGGCGAAGAUAGUAGAUCCGUCCACCGGCGAGGCGCUCGGGCCGGGCCAGCGCGGUGAGCUCUGGGUCAGGGGCCCACUCGUCAUGAAAGGUUAUGUCGGUGACGACAAAGCAACUGCAGAAACAGUGGACUCAGAAGGCUGGCUGAAAACUGGUGAUCUUUGCUACUUCAAUGAAGAUGGAUUUCUCUACAUUGUUGAUCGUUUGAAGGAGUUGAUAAAGUACAAAGGAUACCAGGUGCCUCCAGCUGAACUAGAGCAUAUUUUAACAUCACAUCCUGGAAUUGCUGAUGCUGCAGUUAUUGGAUAUCCAGAUGAAGAUGUUGGGCAACUGCCAAUGGCUUUUAUAGUGAGGCAACCAGGUUCCAACCUUACUGGGCAACAAGUCAUGGAUUACGUGGCUAAACAUGUUGCGCCCUACAAGAAAAUCCGCCGAGUCGCCUUCGUCAAUGCAAUAACCAAAUCACCUGCCGGAAAGAUCUUGCGGCGGGAGCUUGUGCAGCAGGCCCUGUCGAUGGGUGCCUCCAAGCUUUGAGAUGUAAUUCGCUGUGCAAAUGUAGAAGGUUUUUUUGCUGUAUAUAAACUGGAGAUAUGACACUGUUCUUCGUCAUCCAUUGGCCACCCUGUUUCCAUGUAAACACCGGGUUGCCCUUCGCGCGAAACAAAUAUUUUGGAGUGAGGGUAACGAUUGAAAAAAGGGUGCAUUGUGCAUGCAAUCGAAGCAAAUCAAGCAUGUUCUGGGAGCAUUCAAAUUUGGGAAUUGCAAUCGACUUUGGUCCACAGCCUGGUUUUAAUCGUCUUCAACCUCCAGUAACCCGUCCUCCUGCCGGUGGCCGCGCAGGCGUCACCUCGCAGCUCCACCCUCACCCAACAGCCACAACCACCGAUCAUGCCGAUGCCCCAGUCAUCCCGACACCAUCAGUGGCGGAGGCAGGAUUAUGUACGGUUCACAUGCAAAUUAUGAGAAACUCAACAAGCCCCUGCUCCGCUGCUGCACUCUAUGCCUAUAUUUGUCACAUCCCAAAAUCUUAAAUUAGGAUGUGCUACAUGUGUACAUAGCAUACAUAUGCAUAUCAUGAUUUCAGUGCAUCUUGCUGGUCUUUGGAAUUAAUUUAACUAUUCUAGAAGUCCUAAUUAUGUUCAUUUUUCCCGAGUUCAAGGAUUUGAAUUGAAA